CUCUACUCUCAAGUCCUACCACGGAAGUGGAGGAUACUUGAGGAGCUUGUUUGAUGUGUUCGUAGUUCUCUUGAAACGAGCGCCAUGGAAGUGGGUUCUUAUCAAGGGGAUUCUUUCUUGAUUCUCACGGAAGUGAGAAUCGAGGUCGACGUCCUCAUCGACUGUUAUAGCACCCACAAUUUCAUACACCACCAGAUCGUCGAAAAGCUGGGGUUAGCCAUCGAACCGGUUCCGCCGUUUCGAGUCUAUGUGGGAAACAGGGAUUUGCUUCACUGUGACCAACAAAGCAAGGCCGUCCAAGUGAAUUUGCAGGGAACAACGUUCAUCGUGGAUCUUUACGUCCUCCGUAUCCAUGGGCAUGACGUGGUUCUAGGAGUCACGGUGGCUUCGGUUACUGGGGAGGGUAGCCCACGACUACGCCAAGGUUACGAUGGAGUUUGCAUGGGAUGGAGGCACGGUCAUCCUUUGGGGGGAGAAUCCGACGGCCAAGAUUUUAUCCACGCAUCAACUCCAGGUUGCAAGCCAAACAUGAGCAAGAAACGCAGCCCGAAACGACUCUCAGCCUCGGCAUAUCACAAGGAACUCUAUGCCAUUGUUGAAGCAGUACAAAAAUGGCAGCAAUAUUUACUAGGACGUGAGUUCCUUAUUCGGACGGAUCAAAAGAGCCUCCGCGAACUCCUACAACAGACGAAGGUAAUAAACUGUGGGGUGGAACACUACCUCCGGGCAUUUACUCCGGAGAAACCGGAGAAGUGGACCACCUUGUUUCCGUGGGUAGAAUACGCCCUAAACACCAGCCAUCACCAGGGCUUGAAGAUGACGCCAUUUGAGGCCUUAUACGGGCGGCCGCCACCCUCGCUGCUACCUUACAAAGAGGGCAAUAGUAAGGUUGCCGAGGUGGACGGCCUCUUGUCAGAACGGGACACACUAUUCUGCAGAUUAAAGGAACAUCUGCAUGAGGAGCAGCAGCGGAUUGUUGAGUAUGCAAAUCGUCAUCGGCGAGAGGUACAAUUCGAGGUUGGCGAUCUUGUGCUACUAAAGCUCCAACCCUACCGGAAGCACUCCGUUGCACGUUGCCGGUCCCAGAAAUUAGCAAGGCAUUACUACGGACCGUACCAGCUUUUCCCACCAUUAAUGGAGUUUUGGGAAGAAAACUCUAGGUUUGAAGAGAAGACCUCAAGAAAAGGAAAGCUAGAAGUAGAUAGUGACGUCCGUUCGUUGAACGUACGUGAGGUGUUAAGAUCAUUGUGUUCCCCUACGAACUCUAAGGUAAUAAGUUAUGGCAUCCAUCCGGAAGAUGCAGAGGCGGGAAAGUUGGCAGAAGGAUGUGGGAACUGUUUUUAAUAAUUUAAAGUAUUUUGGGACUUGAACCCAUAUAUGUAAAUAUGUUAAAUCUUAUUUAGCUUCCGCAACGAUUAAAUUAAAUUACUCUGAAAAUU